UCAGAUACUGACCGCGCAAGCUGUUAAUAACUGAUGCUCUGAUUUAUUAACAAUUACAAUUGUACAUUGAGUCGAAACAACACCACGUUUAUUUUUUUGUGUAUAUAAAAUUUUAAAUUUAAAAAUUAUUUCUUUGUUCUUUUUUUUUUAUCAAUAUUUAUAUGACAAAGAAGUGUUACUCAAUGUUAUAAAUAAAUUUUCUAAAAGAUAAUUAUCAGCAUCAUCAUUACACGUUCUACUCACAGCUAAAAAUAUAUAAGUUGUUUUUUCGAGAAUCAUCUAAAAGCAAAUCAAGUUUCAAUAUAGGUAUAGAAAAAUAAACAAUUUCUUUGUAAAGAUUAUUGACUUGAGAAGUGACACAUUGGUGAAAAUAUCUUCAGAUUAUUAUCAUCAUCUUAUCAAUCGCAGAAAAGUGAAUCGUAGUACUUUAAAUGCAAAAGAAUGCAAUUUCUAAUCUAAAAUUUUUAAUCAACAAUUGAUAACAAAACCGAUAUAUAUACGUAUGAUUUUAUUUAAUUGUAACACAGACAAAAUGACAUUACUUGUUAUUUUAUUAAUUGGUCUUUGUGCAACAAAUGCAUUUGCUAGUUCUCACAAAGAUCCACAUUUUUUACCUGGACACGAUACCAUUGUUCAUUUGUUUGAGUGGAAAUGGUCAGAUAUUGCUCAAGAAUGUGAAUCUUUUCUUGGACCAAGAGGCUUUGGUGGAAUUCAAAUAUCACCAGUACAAGAAAAUAUAAUUGUUUCAUCGAGACCAUGGUGGGAACGGUAUCAGCCAAUUUCAUACAAAUUGACGACUCGUUCGGGAAAUAAAAAUGAUCUUAGAAAUAUGAUAAGUCGAUGCAACAAAGCUGGUGUUAGAAUUUACGUUGAUGCAGUAGUUAAUCAUAUGAGUGCUGAUCAAUCAACAGGAAAAGUAAUUGGAACAGGAGGUUCAACAGCUGAUCCACCAUCAAGAAAUUAUUCUGCUGUACCUUAUGGAAAAAAUGACUUUAAUAAAUUUUGUUCUAUAAAUAAUUAUGAUGAUCCAGUAAUGGUCAGAAAUUGUGAACUUGUUGGACUUCAUGAUUUAAAUCAGAAACUUGAAAAUGUUCGACAAAAAAUUGUUAAUUUUAUGAAUGGUCUUAUUGAUAUGGGUAUUGCUGGAUUUCGAAUUGAUGCUGCAAAACACAUGUGGCCAGAAGAUCUUAAAGUAAUAUAUUCAAGACUUCAUGAUCUUAGUACGACAAGUGGUUUUGCUAAAGAUUCUAAGCCAUUUAUUUAUCAAGAAGUUAUAGCAGAUAGUGGUAUUCCAGCAACUGACUACAGUGGUUUUGCUACAGUUACUGAAUUUAAAUAUGGCAAUGAAAUAAGCAAUGCAUUUUUAGGAAAUAAUCAAUUAAAAUGGCUUCAAACUAUCGGUAAUAAUUGGGGUUUGUUACCAAAUUCUGAUGCUGUAAUUUUCAUUGAUAAUCAUGAUACACAAAGAGAUAAUAAUGUGCUUAAUUAUAAAUCUUCGAGGCUUUACACAAUGGCUGUUGCUUUUAUGCUUGCUUAUCCUUAUGGAACUCCAAAAAUCAUGAGUUCAUUUGCAUUUGAUAACAAAGAUCAAGGUCCACCAGCUGACUCACAAGGAAAUAUUCUUUCGCCAGUAAUGAAAAAUAAUAAAGGUUGCAAAGGAGGCUGGGUGUGUGAACAUCGCUGGCGUCAAAUACAAAAUAUGGUUGGUUUUCGAAAUGCCGCUAAUAAAACUUCAAUAACAGAAUGGUGGGAUAAUUUGAAUAAUCAAAUUGCAUUUUCUCGAGGUAAAAAUGCUUUUAUCGCUAUUAAUGGUGAUAAAACCGAUUUGAAAACAACGAUCCACACUCAGCUUCCAGCUGGUAGAUAUUGUGAUGUUAUUUCUGGCAGUAUUAAAAAUAAUACAUGCACAGGAAAAAUUGUAGUUGUUAAUGCAACUGGACAUGCAUACAUUGAGAUUCUUUUAACAGAUAAAGAUGGAGUUCUUGCAAUACACAAAAAGGCUCAAUUAAAAAAUUAGUAAAUUGUAAUAGUUAAUUAAAAUAUAAUGUUAAUAGAAAAUUAAAUUUAUCAUAAAUUGAUUGAAUCUAUAUGAUGAUUGUUAAAUAAAAUAAAAUGUAUCAAUUAAUUGACAAUAAAAAAAUAAUAUUUUCAAGAUAAAUAAAUGAUUUUUUUUUUUAAUAGAAAAUAAU